GAUGGGACGCGGCGUUUGGCGGGACUCUGACUGCGGUUGUGUCGUUUCUCCUAACAGCGGUGCCGGUGGCCUUUCCCUCUCCUCCAGGAGCAUCACUGCGCUGCCGCGGCGGAGCGGAGAGGAGGGUGCGGGGGAGCGAGCGCUGAAUCACGGCGUCAGGAGAAAGCAGAUCCCCAUUUACAAAACGUGCCGUUUCUUAAAAUACCGACCCACUCCUCCACCUCCUUCUCCCUCAUUACUGACAGCUCUGCCCAUCCGUCAGACAGGAGGGGGGAGAGAUCUGGGGAGGAGGGCCCCAAGAAGGCAGGAGAGGACGAAAGGCGAUCACCCCCCGGCCGGUUUCACCGAGCAGGCUUCUGGGAACAUGCUCUUCCUCUGCUGACGAGGACGACUCAGCAGCGGCUUCAUUUUUGCUCCGAGAGGCGGUUCGGCUCCAAGAUUACUAAAAGACUGUUGGUUCUGCUGAUCUGCGCUGCAAAACAACAAGAAAGGGGUGGAUAGGAGCUGCAGUUUCCACAGAGACGCAGAAAUACUCAUCCAGGUGGUGGAAGGAGAAGGACACAGCCCAGUGCUGGAUCCCAAAGGGACUGUUGGUGUGGUAAGGACCCUUAAGACGAAAAAGGGUGCAUGGAGGGUUCAAGGCCUGUAAAACCGGGGUCAUCAGCCUGCCUCUGGUUGGGGCUGAUCUCUGUGGCUGUUGCUUUCCUUUGUUCUGAGGCCCGGACCACUCCCAGCCCUUUGCUAAGCACCAACAAUGCCACUUGCAAAGGAACCUCGAAGUGUCAAGCAGGGAUCAUCCUUCCCAUCUGGUAUCCAGAGGAUCCUUCCAUGGGGGACAAGAUUGCUCGAGUCAUUGUCUAUUUUGUGGCCAUGAUCUACAUGUUUCUUGGUGUAUCCAUCAUUGCUGACCGCUUCAUGGCAGCCAUUGAGGUCAUCACCUCCCAGGAAAGAGAAAUUGUUAUCAAAAGGCCCAAUGGGGAAACAACCACAACCACAAUCCGGGUGUGGAACGAAACAGUCUCCAAUCUUACCCUCAUGGCCUUGGGCUCCUCUGCUCCUGAGAUUUUGCUCUCUCUGAUUGAGGUUUGUGGACAUGAGUUUAAAUCUGGUGAACUUGGCCCUUCCACUAUUGUUGGCAGUGCAGCUUUCAAUAUGUUUGUCAUAAUUGGCCUUUGUGUGUCUGUCAUUCCCCAAGGAGAAGUACGAAAAGUCAAGCACCUCAGAGUGUUCUUUGUCACAGCAGGGUGGAGUAUCUUUGCCUACAUCUGGCUUUACAUGAUUCUGGCGGUGUUUUCUCCCAACGUAGUCCAGGUCUGGGAAGGUCUAGUCACACUGGCCUUCUUCCCCAUAUGUGUUAUUCUUGCCUGGGUAGCAGACAGACGACUGUUAUUCUACAAGUUUAUGCACAAGAAGUAUCGCACUGAUAAACACAGGGGCGUCAUUAUUGAGACUGAGACCGAACGCUCCAAGGGAAUUGAAAUGGACGGCAAGAUGGUCAACUCCCACUUCAUGGAUGGAGGUGCAGCCAGCAAUCUUAUUGGUCUGAUUGAGAGCAAAGAAGUAGACGAAUCUCGUCGAGACAUGAUUCGUAUCUUAAAGGACCUAAAGCAGAAGUACCCUGAGAAAGAGCUUGAUCAACUGGUUGAGAUGGCCAACUACUAUGCCCUCUCACACCAGCAAAAGAGCCGUGCCUUCUACCGUAUACAGGCCACACGCAUGAUGACAGGCGCUGGAAAUAUCCUGAAGAAACACGUUGCAGAGCAGGCAAAGAAGAGCGCUAGUGUGCAGGAGGUGCACGUGGAUGAACCAGAAGAGUUUGUGUCUCGGAUAGCUUUUGAGCCCGCUGUCUAUCAGUGCCUUGAGAACUGCGGCGCUGUUAUCCUAAACAUCACAAGGAAAGGUGGCGACAUCAACAAGACAAUCUACGUGGAUUACAAGACUGAGGACGGUUCAGCUAAUGCUGGGGCUGACUAUGAGUUCACAGAGGGCACAGUGGUGUUCAAACCAGGGGAGAUGAUCAAAGAAAUAAGCAUUGGCAUCAUUGAUGAUGACAUCUUUGAAGAGGAUGAGCACUUUUUUGUGCGUCUCAGUAAUCUCCGUGUUCUGGAAACUGAGGAUGAGGUCCUGUCUGCCAACAGCCUCCCAUACCCAAAGGCAAUGCUAGGAUUCCCAUCUGUGGCCACAGUGACUAUUCUGGAUGAUGAUCACUCUGGCAUCUUCACUUUUGAGAGUAGUCCAGUCCAUGUUAGUGAGAGCAUUGGCAUCAUGGAGGUAAAGGUGUUGAGGACCUCUGGAGCAAGGGGGACAGUCAUUGUGCCUUAUCGCACCGUGGAGGGACUUGCCAAAGGAGGAGGAGAGGACUUUGAAGACACCUACGGAGAACUGGAGUUCAAAAACGAUGAGACCUGCAAAUUUAUUCACGUGAAAGUUAUUGACGAUGAGGAGUAUGAGAAAAACAAGAACUUCUUCCUGGAGCUGGCUGAGCCUCGCAUGGUAGACAUGAGUCUGCAGAAAGCCAUGUUGUUAGCUGAUGAUGUUCCAGACAGGAAACUUUCCUCAGAUGAGGCGGAAGCCAAGCGGAUUGCAGAAAUGGGGAAACCAGUCCUGGGGGAGCACCCCAGACUGGAGGUCAUCAUUGAAGAAUCAUAUGAGUUUAAGAGCACAGUGGACAAGCUGAUCAAGAAGACCAACCUGGCUCUGGUGGUGGGAACAAACUCCUGGAGAGAGCAGUUCAUGGAGGCUAUCACAGUCAGUGCAGAUGAGGACGAGGAUGACACGGGAGAAGAACGGCUUCCUUCCUGCUUUGACUACGUCAUGCACUUCCUCACCGUCUUCUGGAAGGUUCUGUUUGCCUGCGUUCCUCCCACCGACUACUUGAAUGGUUGGGCCUGCUUCGCUGUCUCCAUCAUCAUCAUCGGUCUGCUCACAGCCGUCAUCGGCGACCUGGCGUCCCACUUUGGCUGCACCAUCGGCCUGAAGGACUCCGUCACCGCUGUGGUUUUUGUCGCGCUUGGCACUUCAGUCCCAGACACCUUUGCCAGCAAGGUAGCAGCAGUCCAGGACACCUACGCAGAUGCCUCCAUCGGGAACGUGACGGGCAGCAAUGCCGUCAACGUCUUCCUGGGAAUCGGCAUGGCCUGGUCGGUGGCAGCCAUCUACUGGCACAUGAAAGGGAAGUCGUUUGUCGUGCAGGCCGGCUCGCUGGCAUUCUCUGUCACCCUUUUCACCAUCUUCGCCUUCUUGGCCGUCUCGGUGCUGCUCUACCGGCGCCGGGCCCACAUCGGAGGAGAACUGGGAGGCUCCCGGAGACACAGACUGGCCACAUCAGCCUUCUUUUUCAGCCUCUGGUUUCUUUACAUUCUCUUCUCCAGUCUGGAGGCCUACUGUCAUAUAGAAGGUUUCUAAACGGACAAGACUCAAGGAAUAGGAACUUAUAGAGGUUUGAAUAGAAUCAGUUCAGUGGUAAAAAAGAGUGAAUUCUCACUGUGGAAUCUGGGUCAGUCUCCGAUGGUAAGAAUCAACCGGACAGGCAAAGUUGGGGUUUUCAGAAGCAACGCCUCCUCUCCCCUUCCCUCUCUCCCUCAACCCCCUCUGUAAGAAUGCUUGGAGGUGUGCAUCGUGCCCUCUGGUGCCAUCAGGCAUGGUUCUUGUAGACGUUGAACGUGCACGGGUGUGCUUACAGCUGGGAUUGGGUCACCAUAGAGCCCAAAGGAUGCCCAUGCCAAGAGGUGAUCCUGCAUUCUGCUGGAAGAGUACAGUCUUAAGCCUGAAGAGAGCAGAGUCAAUCAGAGAGCUAUAUUUUUCUCAACGUGUUAUGAGAAUGACUUUUUGGAAGAAAACAAAAUAGAUAAAAUAAAAUAAAAGCAUAUUUUGGGGAUAAAAAUGGGAGAAAAAUCAAUAAAUGCAAGAAAAAAAGAGGAAUGAAAGAACUAUUUUCUGAUCCUUAAAAAAACACAAUUAUAUCUAAAAUACGUUGCUGAGUGACUGUGGUAUGGAUUCAUAGUAUUUAUUUUUAUUAGCAUAAUUUCUUAAGGAGCACUGCGGAGUUCUCAGAAAUCACAAAGGCAGAGCGAUGAUGAGGAGCAGACAUCACACCGGCAGACGCAUCACCGCUCAGACGAGUCAGGAGGAAAAUCUGGACACGUUCAAACUGCCCUAGACAUUACUUCCUUACUCUAAAUGUAUCUAUAUAUAAUAUAUUUCCAUAUUUUCUGUAUAUUUUGAAUAUUUGUUUAAAUGUGGUCUUCUCUAUCAGAGGAUCGCUGUGGAGAAGAGGGGUAGGCUGGGGGAGGGUGGGGGGUCGUCUUCACCUUUUUAAGAGUUGUGUAUCUGGGUAAAAGUAUGACAUUGUGUUUUAUUUAUUUACUGAUCUCUUCUUGGUCUCGCUCAACUUUCACCUUUUCAGUCUGAAAAAAAUGUGUUGCUGCAGAAAUCAAUUCAGAGGUAUUUUUUUUUACCAUUUCUUCCAUGCACUUUGCUGUGUAGUUCUACUUAAGGAGACUUCUACUUGUUCAUGUGCAAAAGGCCAAUGUUCAAGUUGUCAUUGUGGACUGAACAGUGCCUGUGGAGGAGGAGGAGGACGAGGAGGAGGAGGUGUUGGCUGCAGCUGCCUACUCUGGCUCUUUAAUGGUGAAGAAAAUGGAACCCUGUCCAAAAAGCAUCGAAAACUAUUUUAAAGCUGCACUGAUUAAAUGUUCCGGCUCAAUAAUGGAGUCAAACACCCAAAACUUUGACCUAAAGUUGUCAGAGCUUUUAAUACGUCUCAAUAUUUGUCACAUUAACUGCGUUAGAGCCAUUUUUGUGUUUGGUAAUGUUGAUAAGCUGUGGUGGCCAUCUUUAACAAUGCUGAUUCCAAGUUUUAAAAAAUUUUCAAAGUCCCCAGAGUGUCCUUUGUGCUUCGUUUUGGGCUGCAGAAGAAAGAAGGAAAACUGUGCAUGCACUAAAAAAAAGAUUCUUGGCCUUAGUUGUCAAAUUAAAAAACUAAAGUUUUUAUGUAAAAUUUAACUCUAAUCUAUAAAAUCGCAACAGUUAUUUAUAAAAUAGUCAAAUAAAAUAAAGUCUAAUUGACUUUAUUUAGAAAUAUUACACAGAAAAUGUACAUGUAAUUAAAUUAAAAUGCAGUCUACUUUUUUGGCCGACCCGUUUUUCCAGACUGUGUGGGCAAAACAUUAUUUUUCCCAUUUCAGAUGUUCAUUUUCAAUUAAUGCAGCAUUAUUUGUGACUUUAAAAUUAUUUUAUUCCUGUAUCUUUUUACAUUCUUUCUUUCUCCUUGUAAAAGUACAAAGAUGUGUGGGUGUCUCCCUGAUGCUCUUUUUGGAUUGUUGCAAUCAUUUAAAACUACACUCCCACUGAACUGUUUUUAACAGUGUUUUUAUUUUUAAAAUAAGAAAAAAAAACUCCAGUGCAAACCAGAAAAUGUCUGUUAAUUUGCAUCAAAUUCAUAAAUAAUUAAUUUAUAUUCUUUUAAACCAAAAAAGUGGGUAAAAUAAGGGGUGUCAGUGUCCAGUCCUGUGGUUGCACCUCCUUCUCCCCUCGGUCCUCCUCCCUCUCCUCCCAAUGUUCUUCCUUUGUGGUGAGCAGUGGUGUAAAUACGUCUCGUGGCUGACGUGAAUGCACAGUUGCUGUCCCUGGACCACACCUGUUAUCCUCACUAUCUCUCUCUAAAGGAAACAGUCAUGUGUGCUGCUGUGCAGGAGGAACAACGGUUAGAGAGUGAGGCACGACCAACAAGAUGUACAUAAACUCAGCGUAGGUGUCCUGAGUGGUGCUGAGGGGCGAGGCACGACAACAUUCAAGUCACGCUUCAUCAGGUUUUUCUGUAGCCGAUUCUUCUGAGCCAGUAAAAGUGUGGGGUUUUUAUGAUUCACAGCAUAAUUUUGUUACCUUUUUUUUAUGUGUGUUCAAAUCCUGGAAACAUUUAGCGUUAGGGAGUAAUGUUCUUUAAUUCCAUCCAUCUAAUUUAUUCAGUUGAAUACUUGGUUUUAUUAGCAGGGAGGCAGUUGUCGGUGUGUUUGUGAGGCGAGCAUGUUGCCACGGUGAAGUCAGGCAUCUUCUCUGCAUUCAUGCGCAUGGUUGAUGUCGUUAUUGAUCUUCACAAGGGGCACAGCUCAGUUCAUCAUUCAGUACUAAAGAUGCGUGUGUUAAGCCUGAGCUACACUGUGCAUUUUCCGGCCGUCCUAAACAAAUCUUUCGUUGGGAACAGAAGUGUGACAAAUAACUGUGAAUGUACAAGUCUGUGGCUGUCCAAUGUUACUGGCUCUGCAAAAGCUUAAUGAGCACCCUCACAACCAAAGUCAGCAUCCAACAGUCUUCAAACACUACUAGAUAACCUCCCGUCUGCAAUCGACCAAUAAAAAUACACGCAGGUAUUGACGCGAACAGCUAGUGACGAGAGUAGAAUUAACAAUCUCAAGCUACACGCAGCAACAUGUGAACCACUCCUUUUUGGCAUUUGAGUUUGGAGACUAAGUGUUAACUAUGCCGCAUUUUUUCUCUUUUCAGCAUUGUUAUUUUGGUCAGCUCUUAGCUAUUAGUGACAUAUGCUUUUUGGGGGGUGUGCUUGUGACAUAACAUGUCCCGCUAGAGCGAGACGUAGUGCAGUUUGGCUCGCUGAAAUCUGACGGUAUGUGCCCCCUUUCUCACGGAGCGAUGAGCAGUCCUGUGCGACAGCCGAAAAACGCAGUGCGGUUCGGGCUUUAAUCCCAGCCAGCAUUCAUAAGUGGGUCCCUUAUGCAUGUAUAUGGCAAACUGUAUGGGUGCCAAUAGAGUUUGUCCGCCGUUUCCAUGGUGGUCCCACAAGGGCUUUCAGGGGGGAUGCAGAUGGUUUGACUAAUACAUUGGCUCGUAGGUCUAUGUAGGUACAUCUUUCUGGGGCCACCAUGGAAACCAUGGACAAACCCUGUUGUCACCCAUACAGUUUGUCCAUAUACAUCCAUAAGGGGUCAACCUUUGCAUGCUGUUUGGGAAUCUUUUAAAAGAAAGAAAACAAACCUGAAGGUCUUACUAUAACCCCUCCUUUCCACCGGAGCCAUCAGCAGCACUUUACUGCAGGAGCACAUCAUGGCUGCUGAUAGGAACCGCUGUGGUCAACAGAACCUUUUCCAUCGGAGCCGUCAGCAGCGCGAGUCGGCCGCGUCUCAGGAGCAGCUUGUCGUGGCCCUAAUGCACCGGUUCUAUUUUCUACACGCUACGCCUCUGAAACGGGUCAACUUCGACAUUUUGGGGGAAGGAAAGACAGGAAAUCGGACGCGGAAACGGAACGAAGCUUUGCGAGAUUUUCAGAAUAAAGAAACAUACUGCCUUCCGGUUACUUUACUUUAAAAAAAAGUUAUCACCUAUCUAGCUGUCUCCUUUUUUUUCCAUAAUGGAUGACGAAAGGUUGAUUACUGAAGUGGAGAAGUACCCAAGCCUGUUUGAUCCCAGUCACAGUUUUUAUAAAGACAACGUCAAGAAGGAUAAAGCAUGGAGUGACAUAUCUGCGGUUUUGGGGCAAGAUGGUGAAUUUAUGCUAAUUAUUAUGUUGUAGUUUUCUCCUGCUUGUUGUUGUGUUUACUGAUGAAGUCACGCAUGAUUUUGCUAAUGUCACGUGACUUUGUGCUCUGUCGGUGACAGCUGCUCCCCUGCUGCUUCGCGUCUCGUGGGGAAGGCCAAGCAGCAGCUUACGCGAGCAAGACGUGCUGCUGCAGUAACGUGCUGCUGACGGCUCCGGUGGAAAGGAGGGGUUACUUUAGCUUCAUUUUGUCGCAUUGGUGAGAUUGAAACUAAACACCACUGUGCAGUAACUAUUGAGAAGUUUAAAUGUUUUCUUUUUAACUUUGUUAUUGGGUAACACAAAAGGGGCACGAUGCAAUGGACGAGUAUGUUCUGUUGGCCUGCUAUGAGACAUCAAAAUUUAUAACAAGCAAAAGUUCCAAAGCUGAUGUUUGGGAUCAAACUGUUUUCUUAUUUUUCUGACAAAUCAAAAAAGAAAUGCAAAAAGAUGAAAUCCACUUUGUGUGUCACAAGAAACACUGAAACAGCUUCAAAUCUUUGUCCGUUCAGUGCAUCCUGUCCCCUGUACCUUUGCUUCUAUAGAGUUCUCUCUAUCGUGUAUUUUUAGAAUUUUGACAAAUUUUACCAACAAACCAAAAGCCUUGAUGACUAUGAGAAUAGAACAUUUAAAAAAUGUUGCCAUGUGGGUUUCACUCAAGUCUAAAUCUGUCUGUGAAUGCUAACUGCUGUGGAAAAAGCACAACGUCGGACACAUCACAGGAUUUUCUUCAGCUCACAGAUUGCCUGAUUUUUGUGGUUUCAUGUCCUUUUCAAAGCACUGCAGACGGGCGUCUUUGUUUACAUUUUGCAAACUUUAGAAUACUCAAAAAUCUGAAUUUUUAAUUGCAUCUCUUAGCCAAUAAAUCCAAAAAGCUGCAGCAAAAGCAUCUAUGGCAUCAAAAGUGAUGUUUUAUAUCUUAAUUUUUUUAUUUUAUUUUUUUUCUAAAUUUUCUUGGACUCUAGUCAUUCUAUAACCACUGAAAUUGUAAUUUUGUUUUAAUAGUCAAAUUUCAAAGUUUUCACUUUGUGGGAAACAAACUCUAGUUUGAGCAAAAUACCAAUAUGUUGAAAAUGACUGAAAAAAGUUCAGUUUUUAAACUUUUUCUAACUCACUCAGUACAUUUUAAUUUUUGCUUAUUAUCUCAUAAAUGUACUGUCUUACCAUAUCUUAUUUAACCCACCACGCAUACGUUUCUCCAAGGUUUCCUAUUUUUAGCACUACACUUUAGAUUAUUUGGGAGGAUAACUGAUUUGUUUCUCUGUGUUUUAUUGUGCAACAUAUUUUAAUGUCUCUUGUAAACAUUUAUUUAUUGAAAACGAUCUAAAAGAAUUGAACUAAAGUCAUAAAUUUUAUUUAAUGCAAUUUAAACCUGUUUCAUAUCAUUUUAUAAAUGUGGGGAAGUCAUUCAACGUGCUGUUUCAUCAUUUGGGCCUAAAAAGGUCUCGUUAUUGUUUAAGAACUUUGUUCUUUUUUCCUUUUAACUACAGCUUAAGAAACUCAAACGUAUGGAUUAUAAUUUUUUUUAUUGGCUGUUUGAACUGAUUUCUGCCAGGAGAAAAUGACAAAGAGCGCUAAAGGUUGAUGCAUUGUGCUUUCUCAUUGUCUUCUCUUCUCAAAUUGUUUUCCAUCUUUUAUUGGUGCCAGUUUUACGGAGUUCAUUUCCAACCUGAAUUUGUUGCUCUGAUCUUUGACAUUGUGAGUAAAUUGUGGUUCACCUCAGUUCAAACACACCAUAUUCCUUUUUGACGUCAUUAAAACGAAGGGGACUGUUCAUUUGAUAGCUUGUUAUGUUAACUUUUGUCACUCCUUGCAAUGAAUUCUGUUGUUUGUUUCAGGAAAUUGUGCAUGGAAUUUAAACCUUGAUUUGAAUGUUUUGAUUAAGUUUGGUUCAUUUUGUUUUUGAGGGGGUGUGACAAGUAAAUAAAAGAUGCUAUUUGAGUAAAAGA